GCCGCCGCCUGCAGUCCUCGCCUGCCCCUGGCCGGGGGCAUCGCCGGGCCGCGGUCCGCCCACCCCUCGCCCUACCCGCUUGGCUCGCUUCCUUUUGAACGGAAAGCAGCCCUUCUCCGCUGAGAGGAUCGUCCCCGGCGUGGCUCCGCGUUCCUGGUCACUUUUUGAGAUUUUCCGGGGACCGCUCGGCUGCUUCUCGGAUUCCAGGGGGACUCGGGCCGCCGAGCGCGGCGGGCCAGUGGAACAGGCGAGCGGGGAAGCGCCCCGGCUUAGCGGAGGCUCUCACGGAGGCAAGAACUUAUUCAACAAGUUUACCCCCCCUCCCCCUGCUUUUCUCUUUUCGAUGUGCGUUUUCGGACAUGCGGAGGUUACUGGAACCGUGUUGGUGGAUUUUGUUCCUGAAAAUCACCAGUUCUGUGCUCCAUUAUGUCGUGUGCUUCCCGGCGUUGACAGAAGGCUACGUCGGGGCCCUGCACGAGAACAGACACGGCAGCUCAGUGCAGAUCCGCAGGCGCAAGGCUUCAGGCGACCCGUACUGGGCCUAUUCCGGUGCCUAUGGUCCUGAGCACUGGGUCACUUCCAGUGUCAGCUGCGGGGGCCAUCACCAGUCUCCUAUAGACAUUUUAGACCAGCAUGCGCGUGUUGGUGAAGAAUACCAGGAGCUUCAACUUGAUGGUUUUGACAACGAGUCUUCUAACAAAACCUGGAUGAAAAACACAGGGAAAACAGCUGCUGAAAGAUGACUAUUUUGUGAGCGGCGCUGGCCUUCCUGGCAGAUUCAAAGCUGAGAAGGUGGAAUUUCACUGGGGUCACAGCAAUGGCUCAGCAGGCUCCGAACACAGCAUCAACGGCAGGAGGUUCCCUGUGGAGAUGCAGAUUUUCUUUUACAAUCCAGAUGACUUUGACAGCUUUCAAACCGCAAUUUCUGAAAACAGAAUAAUUGGAGCCAUGGCCAUAUUUUUUCAAGUCAGUCCGAGGGACAAUUCUGCACUGGAUCCUAUUAUCCAUGGGUUGAAGGGCGUCGUACAUCAUGAGAAAGAGACCUUUCUGGAUCCGUUCGUCCUCCGGGACCUCCUGCCCGCAUCCCUGGGCAGCUAUUACCGCUACACAGGUUCUUUGACCACCCCACCAUGUAGCGAAAUUGUGGAGUGGAUAGUCUUCCGGAGGCCAGUGCCCAUCUCUUACCAUCAGCUCGAGGCUUUUUAUUCCAUCUUCACCACAGAGCAGCAAGACCACGUCAAGUCAGUGGAGUAUUUGAGAAAUAACUUUCGACCACAGCAAGUCCUGAAUGACAGGGUGGUCUCCAAGUCUGCCGUCCGUGAUGCCUGGAAUCACGACAUGACGGACUUCUUAGAAAACCCACUAGGAACAGAAGCCUCUAAAGUUUGCAGCUCCCCGCCCAUCCACAUGAAAGUGCAGCCCUUGAACCAGACGGCGCUGCAGGUGUCCUGGAGCCAGCCGGAGACCAUCUACCACCCACCCAUCAUGAACUACAUGAUCUCCUACAGCUGGACCAAGAACGAGGACGAGAAGGAGAAGACGUUCACCAAGGACAGCGACAAAGACUUGAAAGCCACCAUUAGCCAUGUCUCACCGGAUAGCCUUUACCUGUUCCGAGUCCAGGCCGUGUGUCGGAACGACAUGCGCAGCGACUUCAGCCAGACGAUGCUCUUCCAAGCCGUCUUCAAAAAUGAUGUCAUCAUUUCUCUCACCCUGCACGUGUCAGUGUUGAGAACAGAGGCCCAGAAAGCCACCAUUAGCCAUGUCUCACCGGAUAGCCUUUACCUGUUCCGAGUCCAGGCCGUGUGUCGGAACGACAUGCGCAGCGACUUCAGCCAGACGAUGCUCUUCCAAGCUAAUACCACCCGAAUAUUCCAAGGGACCCGAAUUGUGAAAACAGGAGUGCCCACAGCGUCUCCUGCCUCUUCAGCAGACAUGGCCCCCAUCAGCUCGGGGUCUUCUACCUGGACAUCCUCCGGCAUCCCCUUCUCAUUCGUUUCCAUGGCGACUGGGAUGGGCCCCUCCUCCAGCGGCAGCCAGGCAACAGUGGCCUCAGUGGUCACCAGCACGCUCCUGGCAGGCCUGGGGUUCGGUGGCGGUGGCAUCUCCUCCUUCCCCAGCACUGUGUGGCCCACACGCCUCCCGACAGCUGCCGCGGCCAGCAAACAGGCGGGCAGGCCUGUCCUUGCGACAACAGAAGCCUUGGCUUCCCCGGGGCCAGACGGCGAUUCCGCGCCCACCACUGACAGCGAGGGCUCAGAGGAAGGGGAAAAGGAUGAGAAGAGCGAGAGUGAGGAUGGGGAGCGGGAGCAUGAGGAGGAAGGGGAGAAGGACUCUGAGAAGAAGGAGAAGAGCGGGGUGACCCACGCCUCCGGGGAACGGAACCAGACCGAGCCCACCCCGGCCCCCUCCUCUCCCAACAGAACUGCCCAGGAAGGUGGGCAUCAGACUAUACGUGGGCACGAGCAGGACCACACUGCCAUCCCCACCGGCCAGCCGGGGAAGGCCAGGGAGGCCGACCCUGGCCCGGACUCCGACUCGGUCACCCCCACCCAAGUGCCCCCCACAGUCACAGAAGAACUUUAUGCAGGGAGUGACCCCAAGAGGCCUGCAAUGCCAUCUAAAAAGCCUAUGUCCCGAGGGGACCGAUUUUCCGAGGAUAGCAAAUUUAUCACUGUCAAUCCAGCAGAGAAAAACACCUCUGGAAUGAUAAGCCGCCCUUCUCCAGGGAGGAUGGAGUGGAUCAUCCCUCUGAUUGUGGUAUCAGCCUUGACCUUCGUGUGCCUCAUCCUUCUCAUUGCUGUGCUAGUUUACUGGAGAGGGUGUAACAAAAAAAAGUCCAAGGGCUUUCCCAGACGUUUCCAUGAAGUGCCUUCUUCUGGGGAGAGAGGAGAGAAGGGGAGCAGAAAAUGUUUUCAGACUGCACAUUUUUAUGUAGAAGAUAGCAGUUCACCACGGGUGGUCCCCAAUGAGAGUAUCCCCAUUAUCCCUAUUCCGGAUGACAUGGAAGCCAUUCCUGUCAAACAGUUUGUUAAACACAUCGGUGAGCUCUAUUCUAAUAACCAGCAUGGGUUUUCCGAGGAUUUUGAGGAGGUGCAGCGCUGUACAGUUGAUAUGAACAUCACUGCAGAACAUUCCAAUCAUCCAGAUAACAAGCACAAAAACAGAUACAUCAACAUUUUAGCAUAUGAUCACAGUAGGGUGAAGUUAAGACCUUUACCGGGAAAAGACUCUAAGCACAGCGACUACAUUAAUGCCAACUAUGUCGAUGGUUACAACAAAGCGAAAGCCUACAUCGCCACCCAGGGACCUUUAAAGUCUACGUUUGAAGAUUUCUGGAGGAUGAUUUGGGAACAAAACACUGGAAUCAUUAUCAUGAUUACGAACCUUGUAGAAAAAGGAAGGAGAAAAUGUGAUCAGUAUUGGCCAACAGAGAAUAGUGAGGAGUAUGGAAACAUUAUUGUCGCACUGAAGAGCACAAAAGUACAUGCCUGCUAUACCGUUCGUCGUUUUUCAAUCAGAAAUACAAAAGUGAAAAAGGGUCAGAAGGGAAAUCCCAAGGGUCGUCAGAAUGAAAGGGUCGUGAUCCAGUAUCACUACACGCAGUGGCCUGACAUGGGAGUCCCCGAGUACGCCCUCCCGGUCCUGACGUUUGUGAGGAGAUCCUCAGCAGCCCGGACACCAGAAAUGGGCCCUGUCUUGGUGCACUGCAGUGCUGGUGUGGGCAGGACAGGCACCUACAUUGUCAUAGACAGCAUGCUGCAACAGAUAAAAGACAAAAGCACAGUGAACGUCCUGGGAUUCCUGAAGCAUAUCCGGACACAGCGUAACUACCUCGUCCAGACUGAGGAGCAGUACAUUUUCAUCCAUGAUGCCUUGUUGGAAGCCAUUCUUGGAAAGGAAACGGAAGUAUCUUCAAAUCAGCUCCAUAGCUAUGUUAACAGCAUCCUUAUACCUGGAGUAGGAGGAAAGACACGACUGGAAAAACAAUUCAAGCUCGUCACGCAAUGCAAUGCGAAAUACGUGGAAUGCUUUAGUGCUCAAAAAGAGUGUAACAAAGAAAAGAACAGAAAUUCUUCAGUUGUGCCAUCUGAGCGGGCUCGAGUGGGUCUUGCGCCGUUGCCUGGAAUGAAAGGAACAGAUUACAUUAAUGCCUCUUAUAUCAUGGGCUAUUAUAGGAGCAACGAGUUUAUUAUAACCCAGCAUCCUCUGCCACACACUACGAAAGAUUUCUGGCGAAUGAUCUGGGAUCAUAACGCACAGAUCAUUGUCAUGCUGCCAGACAACCAGAGCUUGGCAGAGGAUGAGUUUGUUUACUGGCCAAGUCGAGAAGAAUCUAUGAACUGUGAGGCCUUUACCGUCACCCUUAUCAGCAAAGACAGACUGUGCCUCUCUAAUGAAGAACAAAUUAUCAUCCACGACUUUAUCCUUGAAGCUACACAGGAUGACUAUGUCCUGGAAGUGCGGCAUUUUCAGUGUCCCAAAUGGCCUAAUCCAGAUGCCCCCAUAAGCAGCACCUUUGAACUUAUCAACGUCAUCAAGGAAGAGGCCUUAACAAGGGAUGGCCCCACCAUUGUUCACGAUGAGUAUAAUGUUAUGUGCCCUUACCACCCUGUCCCAGCAACUGGAGAAUGAAAAUGCUGUGGAUGUUUUCCAGGUUGCAAAAAUGAUCAAUCUUAUGAGGCCUGGAGUUUUCACAGACAUUGAACAAUACCAGUUUGUCUAUAAAGCAAUGCUCAGCUUGGUCAGCACUAAAGAAAAUGGAAAUGGUCCCAUGACAUUGGACAAAAAUGGUGCUGUUCUAAUCGCAGAUGAAUCAGACCCUGCCGAGAGCAUGGAGUCUCUCGUGUGACUGGAAUCCUGAAAGGGCACUUAAUUUGUAAACUUCUGAAGACUGAGAAUUUUUUGAGGCCUUUUUUGCCAGACUCUAGGUUAUACAAUAACCCAGUUACUUUUUUACACUGAUAAAAGUUUUGAUAUUUAUUUUUUGCCAUUUUAUGUCUUAAUGGUAUCCUACUGAGCAUUUGCACCUCUGUUCAUUUCACACAGUGAACCGCAAUUUUACCUAGUUUGCACUAUAUGAUCAGUGUUACUGCCUAUAAUCGAAUACUAAAGCAAACCUUGAUGUGACAUUCCAUGACAACAUACAUGCUACUUUUUAGUUCCGUACAGUGAAGGUCGUUGCUAUGACAGUGAAUCUUGAUUUUAUUAUGCUAAUUAUUAUUCUUGCUAAAGCAGUUGCAGUUUACUAGCAGGCAAUGCUGUGCUAUUCCUCGAGUCUGCCUCUCCUGCUCUUUUUUGGUUCCCCUCCGCCCGGCACUGUUCGAUGCUGGAUGCCUUCUGUAUGUUAAUGGAGUGAAUGAGCACUGUUUUCUCUUACAGAACAGGAUAUUGGGAGCUGCUAAGAAGGUCUUUCAAAGUCAUGGCCUUGAAACAGUUCCAUUUAUGAUGGUUAAUAGACCCACUUAGCAAUCAGAAGGCUUAAAAGAUGCUUCAUGUGAACAUCUCUUAUUAGUUACAAAGUUAAAUUCAUAACUUUAAAAACAUUGUGUCAAAAUAAAGGAUAACUCUGUAUUACGGCUUUCACAGUAGCUAUGUGGACAGUGUGUGUUAUUUCCAUUUUGACUCUGAAAUAGCUACACAGUAAAAUCAGGGCUAUCUUUUACAAUAGAGAGAUGGCAAUACUUUCUACAGCUCAGUUUUAGUUACUCACUAAUGCUUCUUGGUUUAUAAUACCAGACCUCACGGUAGGCAGAAGAAUAAAAAUCUGUGUAAUUUUGAAACCAGUCCUCUAAAAAUUCCCUAUUAGUAAUCUAAUAAAAACUACCUAUACAGUUAACAUUUUUUUCUUUCCUUUUUUGCCAAAUGUUUCAUAAUAAAUCUCUUAAUUACAUACAUUCUUUUACUUAAAGUUAAAUUGAAAAUAUUGUAUUAAGAAAAGCCUUGGGACUUUCGGAACCCCCACACACAGAUAAAUGUGAUUUGGAAAGAGAAAAUUAGAAUCUUGAAUAAAAAGUGUUAUCAACACUUUCAAAGAGGUUUUUUGAAGAGGGAGACAGCUUUGUAUGUAUGCUUCUGUGUAAUUUAACAUCAAGAACAUAAAUUUCAGUAAAAGAUGCCAAUAAUCACUAGCAAGCUCAAGGAUGCUAUUUGGUCCAGCCCUUGGAGUCGUAUUCACCCUGCAGUGUGUACUGGGAAAAUUAGGAGCAUUCCUAUGAAAUUUCAGUAGGGUACAUAGAAACAUAAGCGACUUACUGAGAUCUGUUUCUUCUAAUACACGUUUGCUGUGAGUGACAGCUUCUGUCAGAAAUGAAAUCAUCACCAGAACUGGACCUGUUAAGAAGAACAGGGUUUUGUUCAUUUUUUUAUGCCAAUAAACUCCAACAAAAAAAAAGUCCACACUAGCUGCUAUCAUACUCUCUGGGUAGACACUAAAAUGCUAAUGAUGCUUAGCACUGAAGUCCUAUUUACCUUGAGCUGGCUUUCUAUGAAGUUCGGCCAGUGGUGCUGGAGGACAAAGGUUGCCAAGGACUUAGCAUCUACGGGACAAGUCCAAGAGCUGCAAUGCAGAGGCCAGGCCGACUGUUUUCGUGAACUACAUGACAGGGUUCAGCUCGCCUUCUCACCACAUAGAUACAGUAACAUGGAACAGUCUGCUCUUUAAGAACUAUACAGGUUAGCCUGGAGGAGAAAAGUGUCCAAAUGAGCAAAGUUUGCUAAGUCUUACACACCGGAUGGUGCAGACACUUUGUAGCCCCUCUACCUUCACCAGAGGUGACACGGGAAGCGUUGAACACAGAACACUACAACUACCAGAGCUGAGGGGAAUCAGGAAGGGAAAGGUUUCAGAUGGUGACAAAAGCUAGGUGUUUACAGUCAAUUAAGUGGGUUGUUUUAGCGUACAGCCUACUGGUAUGAGCUCUUUCCAGUAAAUGGCACAGGGGGCUUGACAUUCAGAAGUAAGUUAUCAGUUGGGGUUUAUGGUCCUUGUCCCAGUAAUUUUUUCUCAAUAAAAGUAAACCUUAGUUAGGAGACGAAUAGCCAAGUAUUCCCUUCUGUACCGUUUACAGAGGCCUCAAUUCAUGGAAAUGGGCAUCUUCCAGUACAGUUCUGUGACUACUUUCCUGCUUGUCAGAAUCACCUUUCCUGAAUGUCAGAAUCAUGAGGGACAGCCAGGAAAUAAGACAGAGGCAUGAUACAGGUGGUUUAGAAGUUCUCUGUAAGCAAUCUGUGUGUCCCUAGCAGGCUGGAACCAAAGUCUGCAGACCCUAACCCACUGAACUACAAGCGAUUGCUAUUUGCCUGCCUUGCCAAAGUGGCCCAAACGCACCUCACUGAGGACAGUAUAUUCUGUAGUUCCUCACUUUCACCACAGUGUGUGUCCUCAUAAUCAUUAUUCAUUUGUUAUUGGCAAAAAUAUGCUUGCAUCUUUCCAGGGGCAUAGAGCUUCAACGAUGAUGUUUUCUUAUAGACACAAGCACAUUGCUUAAGUACAUGGCAAGGUGGUUAUUCUUGCACUCAGAGGGAAAGGAACUAGCUGUUGCAAAUUAACGUGUGCUGUUUGUGUGUACAGAUUUAGCUCUAGAUUAAUAGAAGGCACCCGUCAUACGAAAUUGAACUGCAGUGAUCAGACCAAGUAGCUAUGUUGGACAUCAGAGAAAAGACACUUCUUGCCAUCAGAACUUGUUCUUGCAUCCAACAGCCACAGUAGCAUCAUUCACAUAUAUAUACACACACACACAUAUAUAUAUAAAUGUUAAAUUCUGAAUUUCAAGAUAAACAAGAUUAGUUCUUUUUUUUUUUUUUUUUUGGUUUUGAUCCUUUGAACUUUUAGUGUCCAUUUCAAGUAGAAGAAUCCAGCAGGAUCACGGUAUUCAAGGUCUGGCUGUUGGAGUUUUUGGCCCAGAGUGACAUAUUGAAAUCAAUCAAUAACCUUACUUAUUUUAUAAUGACACAGCACAACUGCCUUGUUAUGAUUUUUUUCUUAAAUGCAUAUAGCAUAUAUACUGUAUUUAAAAUUAAAAUACAGAUACCAAUUUACCAAAGAUACAUAUUACUAAUUCUAAGCAAAAAAAUAAAAAAUAGAAAGAAACCCAAACUCAUCAUAAUUUAAGAAAAAGUAAUCAAAAUGUAGUUUGUCUUAAGAAUUUAGCAGUUAUACUGAAAAAUGCAUUUUCAACUCCUAUGUUCUGAAGUUUAUGUUCAAAUGGUGCCAGUGAAUUUUUAUAUGAAGGAAAAAUGCCUGCUUUUUUUCUUUAACAGCUGUAAUUUCACUUAACCCUUUGCGCUUUCCCUUAGUUGCCAUUUAACACACAAUAUUGGCUUUACUUAUCUCUAGAAAGAAGGCAUGCUACCAAUAGGAAGGAAUUGUAAUAAUGCUAUUUGGCCUCGACUUUGUCUUAGCUGUUAAACUGUUUUUAGUAUUUUUGUUAAAUAUUUGCAAAGGGAAGCAUUUUCUACAGAGGAUAAUUAAUUUCAAGAAAACUAUCUUGAGUUUUAAAAAAUAAACAUCUCCAGAAAAGGAGACAGUCGAUUUUAUAAAAUGUCGCAACUCUCCAACAUUUGGGGUAGUGACUCCUUUUUUGUUAGGACAUUUGAAACUAGCAAGCAGCCAUUGUUUCUAAAGAAUCCAGCCUUCAUGUUGACUCACGUUU